UCCGGGGCACUCAGAUCGACCGGUGACGUUUUUCCCAGCCGCAGUAAGACGGACUGGGCGAGAAUGGCUGCCGGUGGAGACGUUGGAAAGCUGUUACAAGUACAAAAUGGGACUCCUGCAAACACAAGCUAUAACGGGGUAGACGCCCUGCACGCCUGCACCAUUCUCCAGCAGCUUAAAGCCCUGUACGACGAAGCGCAGCUGACCGACAUCGUCGUGGAGAUGGACAAUGGCGAGACCUUUGCCUGUCACAGAAAUGUGCUUGCUGCCAUCAGUCCUUACUUCAGAUCAAUGUUCACCAGCGGCCUUACGGAGAGCAGCCAGCGCGAGGUGCGCAUCGUGGGCGUGGAGUCGGAGUCCAUGGGCCUGGUGCUGGACUACGCCUACACGUCACGCGUUGCCCUGUCCGAACACAACGUGCAAGCUCUGUUUACGGCAGCGAGUCUCUUCCAGAUCCCAGCGCUGCAAGACCAGUGCGCUCACUUCAUGAUCAGCCGGCUGGAGCCACAGAACUGCAUCGGCGUGUUCAUGUUUGCUGAUGCAUAUGGACACCGGGAGCUACGUGAACGAGCCCAGGACUACGUGCGCAGGAAAUUUCUGUGCGCUGUGGACGAACCUGAGUUCCUGCAGCUGACCAAGGAGCAGCUGGUGGGAAUUCUAGAUAGUGACGAUCUCAACGUGGAAAAGGAAGAGCAUGUGUACGAGGGCAUCGUGCGCUGGCUGGAGCACGACCCUGUGCGUCGGCAGCCCUUCCUCGCCGACGUCUUUGCCAAGUGUAUCCGGCUGCCAUUGUUAGAUGAGGCCUUUGUGAGCCGCAUCCCAGCCCCCUUUGCCCUGGCGCUGCCCACGGAGCCUACGGAAAAGAGUCGAGCUAACGGUGCCAACGGCUGCCCACAGCGUCUAGGCAUGACGGCGUCCGAGAUGGUGAUCUGUUUUGACGCAGCGCACAAGCACUCAGCCAAAAAGCAGACAGUACCGUGUCUGGACACAGCCACGGGAAAGGUGUUCAAGCUGUGCAAACCGCCCAACGACCUACGUGAGGUCGGCAUCCUUGUCACGCCAGAGAAUGACAUCUUCAUCGCCGGAGGUUAUCGGCCCGGAAGCAGCGAGACAUGCAUAGAUCAUCGUGCCGAAAGUGACGUCUGGCAAUACGAGCACGCCGGUAACCGGUGGCUGGCACGUGCCCCCAUGCUGAGAGCGAGGAUUGGAUGCCGUCUGGUACACUGCUGCGGCAAGGUGUACGCCCUCGGGGGGCGCGUUUACGAGGGUGACGGGCGCAAUGCUCUUAAAUCAGUCGAAUGCUACGAUGCCAGGGAUGAUCGCUGGAUUGCUGUUAGUCCGAUGCCCGUUGCCAUGGAGUUCCACAGUGCUGUGGAGUAUAAGGAUCGUAUCUAUGUGCUCCAAGGCGAAUACUUCUUCUUCUUUGACCCCCGUAAGGAUUACUGGGGCCACUUAGCUCCCAUGAACAUCCCCCGCAGCCAGGGACUGGCGGCGCUACACGAGAACCGCAUCUACUACAUUGGCGGCGUGUGCCGCAACCACCAACGCACCUUCACCGUGGAGGUGUUUGACCUCGAGCAGAACAGCUGGAGCCAGCGACAGGACUUGCCCUUCGAGCAGGCUGCCAGCCCCUACAUCAAAGCAAUGAUGUUAGGAGGACACCUGCACCUGUUUGUGCGUGCCACCCAGGUCACGGUGGAGGAGCACGUGUUCCGCACUAGCCGCAAGAACUCUCUAUACCAGUACGAUGAAGAGGACGACAGCUGGAGCAAAGUCUAUGAGACACCAGAGCGCCUCUGGGAUCUUGGCCGCCAUUUUGAGUGCGUCGUAGCCAAGCUGUACCCUCAGUGUCUCCAGAAAGUGCUUUGAUUGCCGGAGAAAGUGGGAAGCAGGGAUAUUUUGUUGUUGUUUUUUUUGUUUGUUUGUUUCAGGAAAAGGGGGAGUCAGUAGUUCUGUUCCCCACCUAUGGUGCUGUUCGAGUCCCCAGACACGGGAGGAGGAAAGUCUUAAAGUCGAACGAUAUUCGAUGACCUCAGAGGAGUUAUUGUGAAGACGGCAGUAUUUUUAAUCUAUAAGAGACAAGAACAAAGUGUCCUCGCUGUUGCUUGUUUUACAGUUAAAACAAACAAAUUCUAAGUGCAAUUAUCACAUUGUUUGUGUCUUGAGCCAUUUUUUUCUUUUAUCUUUAAGGCUUAGGUGAGGGAUUCUUUUUUUUUUUUCUUUUUUUUUUUUGUGGUUUGUUGGUGUGCAGUGGAACACAGUAAUAGAUGAUGUCCUUUUUGGAAAGGACCAGCAGCGUGUGUCAAAAAUGACAAUAAAGUAAUAAAAAUAUAUAAAUAGCUAUAUAUAUUCAUACGGGUCUGGUGGGAUCAGGUGCCCAUCGUUAGGUAGCUAGAAUACUGAAUAAUGAGUCAUCUUUUUUUUUUUUUUCCUUAAAGAUCCUUUAAACCAACUAUGGAGAAAUUCUAUCUUGAUUUUUUUCUCUUUGAUUAUUAAGUCAUUUUGUAAUCAUUAAUAUAGAUUAGUCUAAUUGUGAGUGGCUGAUUAUUUUAUUUUCUUUUUAAAUAACUUUUUUUUGUUGUAGUUUGCCUUUUACCAUGUCAACAACCCAAAAUGCUUUAUUGAUAUUUGUUGCUUUUCAAUUUGGGCUCCAACCUUUUUCCCCCCUCCUCCUCAUCCAUCUCAGCUGC